AAAUCUCCAUCUAUAUAGCUUAUUGAAUCCCAUCAUACAUAUAUGUACGAGUAUUCUGUAAACUGUGUUGAGCCUCUACUGCCAUGCGACUUUUAUUAUGGUAUUUUCUGACCUGCAGUACCUUGGAUGGAGCCAAGCAAGUCAAUGCAGGGAUUACGAACUUGGACAGGAUGGGCUUCCACAAUGCCUACGAUGAGGUUGUUCGGGGCUUGAUCAAGAGCUGGGAGUCCCCCAUUGGAUACCUACAAGAUGCUAUAAUGGAUCGCAUGGAGAGGAUAAAGCGACAGAAGAAAAUUAAACGUGAUUCCCAUAUACUCGGAAGCAAUGCGAUGGGCCACCUUCCCGGAGAGAUACAUGCGAUGAACCAGCUGGAUAUAAUGCUCGACAAGAUUAAGCCUAAAGCUGAUGGACAUAAUGCAGGCUGGGCGCAAACGAGACGAAGAGGAGCGACAGCUGUGGGAGAUGGAGCAACGAUUGAAGCCGUUGCCGGAAAGUCGGUCCAAGCAGGAUCAAACAGAGGCACCAACGUCGCCCUCAAAGCAGCCUGACGACAUAUUUAACAAAAUGAAGGCAAGUCCUCAAUUGCAAGAGCCGGAACAAGCCAGUGCCAGCCAUAAUACGGAAGAUGGGGCACAGGUAACACCAGUCCCAAAGAGCAAUUGAUAAACUCGAUACAAACCUGGCCCCAUCUAGUCGGGCGUCAAAAGACGUGGAGGCUCCAAGUUAUCUGAAUUGGGACAUAGAGAAACAGCACUUCGUUCAGUACUCGCCCAUCGCCAAGGAGGCCUACGUGAACAAGCUGGUCGGAAUGUUUGUGGAGAGGGAGAAGAUCCGGGAGAACCCAAGCAGACUGUACACCUCACCUCCAUAGCCGAUCUCAUGCCCAAUAAGCACACACAUUUGUUUUUGCUUUUCUCAAAAUUGUUUGAAUUUUUGCCUCAAUAAAUUCUCUUUCGGGGCUUUCUCUGAGUCAUAAUC